UCAGGAGAGGGAGCAAAGUCGGGGUGCAUCCAGGGGAGGGGCCGUUCUGAAGCCGGUCUAGGAACACUGCCCUGGGAUGAUAGCGGGCGCGUGAAGGGAAGCGUCAAAACCACCUGAUAGACCUGAUAUAACUCUCUUUAAUGCACCCCCUUCCUGACCCAGCUUCUCUCCCUUCUCUCCUCCUCAGUUCAAGAGGGUGGAGACCAGAGUGGGGAAGAACCCGGCCCGGGGGAAUGAGCCGGGCAUGGGGAAGGGGGCCUUUCUUAAGGCAGGAGUUCCCUGCACGGCGAUCUCCAGUAUCUCAAGUAGAGUGGCCACAGGAACGCCACAUAACGGCGGGGUUCAUGGUCCGGCGGGUGCUAGUGGCUGGCCUGCUUUUCAGUCUGCUCCUUGGUUCUUCUGUGCUUUUGGUCUACAUCUUCCGGAGCUGUGGCCCUAGGCCCUGCAGGACGCCCGAGUGUCAUGAUCUUCAGGCUCGUUACCUGGCCUCUGGGAACACCAGUGUGGCCCCCUGCACCGACUUCUUCAGCUUUGCCUGUGGAGACGCCCAAGGCACCAAGAGCUCUUUUCAGGCUCUUGCAGAGGAGAACAAGAGGAGACUUCGGAACAUACUGGAAAAGCCAGGUUCCCGGCACCUGGGCACUGGAGAGGACAAAGCUUUCCAGUUCUACAGCUCCUGUGUGGACACAGGUGCCAUCGAAGCCGAAGGGGCUGCCCCCCUCAGACAAGUCAUUGAGGAGCUUGGAGGCUGGCGAAUCUCCGGUAAUUGGACUUCCUUAGACUUUAACCGAACCCUGAGCCUUCUGAUGAGUCAGUAUGGUUAUUUCCCAUUCUUCAGAGCCUACCUGCGACCUCAUCCUACCCUUCCACACACGCCAGUCAUUCAGCUGUCUCCUGUAGCACCUUCCCCAUCCUCCCACACCUGUCCUCUCCUCCCUCCACGCUCCCUACUUCUCUCCAGUAUCUCUUGUGUCCAGAUAGACCAGCCAGAGUUUGAUCUUCCCCUCAAGCAAGAGCAGGAACAGAAGAUCUAUGCUCAGAUUGUGCGGGAAUACCUGGCUUAUCUGAGUCGGCUGGGAGCCUUGCUAGGAGGAGACCCAGACAAGGUGCAACAACAUGCCUUCCUGUCCAUCUCCAUUACCUCACAGCUGUUUCAGUUUCUGAGGCCCCUGGAGCAGCAGCAGGCAGAGGAGAAGCUCUUUCAGCUGGUCACUAUUGACCAACUGCAGGAAAUGGCCCCUGCCAUCGACUGGUUGUCCUGCUUGCAAGCGACAUUCACGCCAAUGUCCCUGAGACCCUCCCAGCUCCUCGUAGUCCAUGACCUGGAGUAUUUGAAAAACAUGUCUCAGCUGGUGGAAGAGCAGCUGUUGAAAUACAGAGACUUUCUGCAGAGCCACAUGAUCUUGGGGCUGGUGGGGACCCUCUCUCCAGCCCUGGACAGUAAGUUCCAGGAGGCACGCAGAUCACUGAUCCAGAAACUGCGGGAGCUGACCCAACGACCACCCAUGCCCGCCAGCCCUCGAUGGAUGAAGUGCGUAGAGGAGACAGGAGCCUUCUUCGAGCCUACCCUGGCAGCCUUGUUUAUUCAUGAGGCCUUCAGUCCGAAAACCCAAAGUGCUGCCAUGGAACUAUUCACUGCAAUCAAGGACACCCUCAUCGCUCGCCUCAGGAGGGUUCCCUGGAUGGAUGAGAAGACCCGGAAAGAGGCCCAGGAUAGGGUCACCCAACUGCAGGUGAAGAUGGGGGGCCCAGAAUGGGCCCUGAAGCCAUCACUGGCCAGGGAGGAAUACAACGAUAUACAGCUUGGACCCAGCUACCUGCAGUCCUUCCUGAGCUGUGUCCGAUCUCUCCGAGCUAGAAUUGUCCAGAACUUCUUGCAGUCUUUCCCCCAGCACAGGUGGCAGGUGUCCACCUGGGGGGUCAGUGCUUACUAUUCAAUAUCUGACCAUGUGGUGGUCUUCCCAGCCGGACUCCUCCAACCUCCAUUCUUCCACCCUGGCUACCCCAGAGCCGUGAACUUUGGCGCUGCUGGCAGCAUUAUGGCCCAUGAGCUGCUGCACAUCUUCUCCCAGCUGUUACUCCCUGGGGGCUGCCCAGCCUGUGACACCCAUGCCCUACAGGGGGCGCUGCUGUGCCUGAAACGCCACUACCAAUCCAUUCCGUUACCCAGCGGACUCUCCUUCAAUGGCUCUUGGACACUACUGGAGAAUGCCGCCGACAUCGGGGGGCUGGCCAUUGCACUGCAGGCGUACAGCAGGAGACUGUUAGGGUACUACGGAGAGACUAUCCUGCCCAACCUGGACCUCAGCCCUCUACAGCUCUUCUUCCGAAGCUAUGCCCAGGUGAUGUGUAGGGAGCCCAGCACCUGGGAACCCCAGGAUCCUCACAGCCCUCCCAUGCUUCGAGUACAUGGGCCCCUCAGCAACACCCAAGCCUUUGCCAGACACUUCCACUGUCCGCGUGGUGCUCUCAUGAACCCCUCCAAACGCUGCCAGCUCUGGUAACCUGGCUACCACAGAGACUCCAACUUAGAUGUAACAACACCUCCCUGCCCCAUCCAUGGAAUCAGAUGCUAUCUCCUUUCCCGUUCCCUUCCAAAAAUAAAAGCUGGCACUUGGCCUCUGACUGUC